UGUCAGUCUGCGCGUGAGUGUCAGUCUGCGCGUGAGGACGAGCACGGAGGAAGGAGUCUUCAUCUUCAUCUUCAUCAACAUGGACUACUUCCUCAACGCACCUUGGUGACGCACACCUGAAGACCACCUCCGCCAAAACCAAGACCAAGACCGAGACCAAGACCAAGACCAAGGUUUGUGGACUCUCUGAUGCCGGUCUGAAGCCGAGAGGACCCAAAGCAGCAGGCCAGUCCUCAGCUGUGGAAUUAUGGGUAACCACCUGGGCGACAUGGCGCCCCCCAGCUGCUUCCUGCCCAGCUUCCAGCGCGUGCACGUGGUGGUGGUCGGCCUGGACUCGGCCGGAAAGACGUCUCUGCUGUACCGGCUGAAGCUGAAGGAGUUUGUGGAGACCAUCCCCACCAAGGGCUUCAACACGGAGAAGGUGGCGGUGGGCGUCUCCCGGGCCGUCACCUUCCAGGUGUGGGACGUGGGCGGCCAGGAGAAGCUCCGCCCCCUCUGGAAGUCGUACACGCGGCGCACGGACGGGCUGGUGUUCGUGGUGGACGCCUCCGAGGCGGAGCGCAUGGAGGAGGCCCGGGUGGAGCUCCACAAGAUCAGCCGCAGCUCGGAGAACCAGGGCGUCCCCGUCUUGGUCCUGGCCAAUAAGCAGGACCUGGACGCCGCCCUAACCGCCGGCCAGGUGGAGAAGCUGCUGGCCGUGCACGAACUGAGCGUGUGCACGUCGCGCCACGUGCACGGCUGCAGUGCGGUGGACGGCGAGGGCGUUCAGCAGGGCCUGGAGAAACUCUACCACAUGAUCCUGAGGAGGAGGAAGCUGCUGAAACACAGCCGGAGAAGGAGGAGAUGAAGGCCGGCCUGGUCCAGGAGAUGAAGGCCGGCCUGGUCCAGGAGAUGAAGGCCGGCCUGGUCCAGGAGAUGUAGACCAGCCUGGUCCAGGAGAUGUAGACCGGCCUGGUCCAGGAGAUGUAGACCGGCCUGGUCCAGGAGAUGUAGACC